CAAAUAGUUUUAGUUCAAUAAGGUUCCAUUUGCAGAUGGAACCAUGUUAUUUAAAUGAAUUAUCUUUUUCAAUGCAGUAAGGUUCUAUCAGCUGAUGUAAAAGCCUGAUUCAAUGUAUUAAGGUUAUUUUGCUUGCGGUUUUCCUAGAAACUGUAAUAUUAUUUAUUGGGAUGUUUUAUAACUAAUAUGAGUUCCAUAAACGAUAGUGAAAUAUUAGAGGCACUAGAUGAUAGUGAAGAUCAGUGUGCUCCAAGAAAUCAGAGUUUCACUUCUGACAGGUAAGAAAUCUAACCUAAAAUAACCCAUACUGAUGUUUUGCUCUAAACCAUUAACAUAGAUAAAACAACAUUAAAACUGGUAAAUGGCUAUAUACCAGAAUCCAAAUUGAAUGCUAAAUUUGUGUAUUUUAUUCAAAUAGCUAUGAUUUUAUCAAUCAAAAUUUCUAUUAAAGUCUAUAGUGUUUUCAUUUGGUUAUAAUUCCAUUAGUUUUAUUCAUGUAUGUUCUGAAUUUUUUCUUUGAUUUUAGCAAUGCUGGUUCAGAGAGCAAUCUUGAUCAAUGUGUAAACAACAACUAUGUUCCUACAAAGGGUGAUCCCAAUGAACAAGGAGAUGACAUCCAAGAUGAACAAGUAGAAGAAUAUCCCACUGAAUGUGUAAACAUACUAGAUCCAAGUAACUCAGAAAUUAAUUAUGGUGCACACAAUAACCUUGAGCAAUAUAUGGAGGACAUCCAUGAAGAAACCGCAGAGGAUAACCAUGACAUCAUAGAGGACAAUCAUGAUGAAAUCACAGACAACAACCAUGAUGAAACCACAAAGGAUAAUUACUAUGACCAACUGGCUGAGGACAACCAUGAUCAACUCGCUGAGGACAGUCAUGACCAACUCGCUGAGGACAACCAUGAUAGGCAACUUUUUAGUGAUGAAGGGAACAUUUUUAUAGUCAUAACAGCAAAUCAAAACUGUGACGAAGUGCAAGAAGACUUUUUAAAUGUACUAGAUGGAACUGUAGUUACAAUUAUUGAAGAAGAUACACAAAGCAUUAAUGAAGGUGAUUUUGUCACAGAACUUUCUUCUAAUGAAUCAGUACAAACUUUGGUAUUUACUCCGGACAAGUCUCCUCACCCUACUCCUGAGGACGAACAAAUUCAACAGACAAUCACUGAAGGCACUCCAGAUGAUAUUGACAGCUUGCCUGUCCAGAAGAAGCCUAGGAAAAGAUUACAAACUCCAGAUAACUGGAAAAUAAACCAAAGGAAAAGAAAACACCAGGCAGGGGAAGAAUAUAUCAGUCAAAAAGAGGUAACAGGUGGUCGUACAGGCAAUGAUAUUGCCAGCGCUGUAUAUAAAAUUGUGAAGAAAGUUUUGCUAGAUUUUCCAGAAACCGACAACUUGAUAACUUGGAGUGACUCAUGUGUUCCUCAAAACAGAAAUCAAAUGAUGACGGGGGCUAUGAUGCUGAUUCUUAAAAACAAUCCUCAACUCACAUCGAUUACAAUGAAUUAUUCAACACCUGGUCAUGGAGCUGUCCAAGAAGUAGACAACAUUCACAGCCACAUUGAAAAAGCGUUUAGUGGUACUGAGUUUUUCUCGCCUAUAGAGUUGAUGUGUUUCAACUUUGUAGUACAGUAUGUUGAUCUAAACUUUUGCUUAAGACUGCGUCACCUUGCAAGGGAUGGUAGACAUCUGAAUAAGGAGGGUAAUUUUCUACUGGGUUUCAUAAUGCAUCAGAUUCUUUCUAAGGUAAGUGCUCAUAAGGACGAAACACAAUCCUUUGAACCAGUUACACCUGAACCUGAUACUCCUACUGCUCCUGAAACUAAACCUUAUACACCUGAACCCGAACCAGGUACUCCUGCUCUUACGUCGGGAAACGAUUCAACACCUCAUCCCAAUCCCCCAUCUUAG